GAGUCUUCUUCCACCAAAACCUUCUUCAAUUGAAAAACAAAUAAAUAAAUAAAAACAAAGUAGAAGAAGUCAACUACACAACUUGGGAGCCACCGGCUAUCACCGGUCACCUAAGCCCAAUCGUCAGCUAUAAGCCUAUAUAUAUACUCCAUUUUCUUUUCACUCCUGAACAGAGGAUUUAUAGUAAGAAACCUUCCCCGCCCAUAUCUAUUAUCCGAUAGGUAUUCCGACCAAAAACAUGCUAAAAACACCAGAACAUGGCUCCGGCUCGUCGAAGCCGAAACCAGCAAGCUUGUUCAUCUCCAUGUCCGCUUUCAUGGCUCUAUGCGCCGAGAGAGCUGGCCGAGUCUCCCGCAAGCUCAAAGCCAAGAAGACAAGGAGGAUGACGACCAGGACCGCUCACGCUCAGAAAACGGAGCAGCUUACGUCCCCGACGUUAACUUCCCGUCCGAAGCAGCUCCUGUCCACCAUCAGCAACAAGGCGAUCAGGUUCAUGCACCCGAAAAAGGUCGGUGAGGAGGGAACUGACGCUGGCCGGACCGAUCAACCGGAGGAGUGGGGCGACGGAGGGGUGUGGCAAAAGACGAUCUUGAUGGGCGACAAGUGUGAGCCGCUAAAUUUCUCGGGCGUAAUUUAUUACGAUAGUUACGGACAUCAGCUGAACGAAGUGCCUCCAAGGUCGCCACGUGCCAGUCCUCUCCCCGGGUAUCUCACCCGUGCGGGGAAAUCUGAGCUUUGACUAUUGUAACCGCGGGGAGAUUUCAACGUUCCCUGUUUUCUUAGGCUUUAUACACUUCCGCAUAUGUCGUGUUGCGAUUUUAGUGGUUGGGGGAAUAAUAGGAUUGAGGGCCCUCGGUGGACGAAGUCAUUCAUUUUGGAAAGAAAUUAGCUCUUUUUUUUCCUAAGGGUUUGGGUUGUUUAUAAUUUGUAUGUAGAAAGAAUUUAAGUGCACCUAUAGAGAUAAAUGGAUGUUUUUGCCUUUGUGUG